AUGAAUCGAACCGCAAGAAACCAAACUCGUGGCAGAAACGCCGUAGGUGGUAAGAGGCCAUUAGACGAUGAGCAACUGGAGGAAUUACGGGAAGCCUUCAAUCUGUUUGACGCAGACAGGUCAGGUGUCAUCGAUGCGAGAGAAUUAAAAGCGGCGAUAAGGGCGCUUGGUACUUCUAUUUUUCACGUAGAGAAUGAACUGAAAGCGGCGAUAAGGGCGCUUGGUAUGAGUUGUUUUGAUGCAACUGAUGAUUUGGUGGACGAAAAUCGAGAAAAGCUGCUGAGUCAUCCUCUAUCCUACUUAGGACUCUGUCCACAGAAUAAUUGCUAGAACUUAAGUACUUACUUAGGACUCUGUCCACAGAACUUAAGUACUCGAAGCUAUUGUUCAUCGUCACAAAUGAUGCACAACAUAAGACACCACCACCACGAUCGCCUUGUUAGUCAUCUCCUAUCUCCGCCUACCAGGUUUUGUUGUGAAGAAAGAACAAGUCCGACAGAUGCUAAGAGACGUAGGGAGGGACGUGCAGAGUCAGAUAACUUUCGAUGAUUUUCAGAAAAUCAUGACGGGAAAGAUGGGAGAUAGGAAUUCAAGAGAAGAGAUAAACAAGGUAAUUGUUUUUGGACUUGCUUAUUGUACAACUAGCUUCUGUGACCAUGAUGAUUGCUCGAUCAUUCAAGUAAAACAUGAAGAAGACUCCGCUCUCCUUUCGCUAUCAAAAUCAAAAGCCAAAGAAGUGUUUAAGAACCCGCAUCUCAUCUAUUUUCAUCGAAGUCACAUCUAUCUUCAUUAAACCCACUACAUCUUCUAUCUCAAGUAAAUCCCCAAACCGGAUCCCAGAUAUUCAAGCUCUUCGACGAAGAUAACAGUGGGAAAGUCAGUUUUCGGAAUUUGAAAAGAAUAGCCCAGGAAAUUGGGGAAACGCUGACCGAUGACGAGCUUCAGGAGAUGAUAGACGAGGCAGAUCGAGACGGCGAUGGCUUGAUCAAUCCGGAUGAAUUUUAUCGUACUAGCACAUACAUACAUACAUAGAGAGAUAGAUAUAUAGAUACAUACAUACAUAGAGAGAUAGAUACAUACAUAGAGAGAUAGAUACAUAGAUACAUACGUACAUAGAGAGAUAGAUACAUACAUACAGCACACUACUUACGCUAACACUAUAGUCUAAUCUAACGUUCAACAGGAGUUACACCUAGAGUCUAAUUUUCAUCAAUGAGUCUAGAUGUUGAGGAGCUGCUAGUAGAGCACUAAUUUGUGAUGUUCCUAUUUCCAAUAUGCAUGGAUGAAGACGGAAGAGUUCACUUUUUUAAGAGCACCUAAUCACACUUGUAGUUCUACUUCAGGUGUAAUGCGAAAGCGUGGCGACAAUCCUUUGGACGACUUUGAUACCGACGAUGACUAGAUGACCUGGAGAACAGCUGCUGCUCAUGGGUGGUUUGUCGUACAUUAAUUAAGAUCCAGACCCGCACGACUUGUGCUUGUUGUAUUAGAAUUCAGACCGUCAACAGGAUACAAGAAAUGUGCAAGAAACCCUUCACUCACCACCACGUAGUAGAGAAAAGCAUCAAGCUCGAGGCGAGGAUGGCGCGAAGCGUCGCUGCUGUAUGUCGCAUUGCGUUGCUUGACCUGCCGUAGUCUGGCAGAUGAAACGGAAGACGGGACACAUCCCGGAUGAAUCUAAGUAAGCAC